AUGAAUUUGGGAAAUAGGGAAGAUGAUUAUUCAAUACAAGACCCGAGUAUGGCGUAUUCAGGUAAGGUGCUUGCUCCGAUGUUCUCUAAGAUCUAGGUCUUGACUAUGACAUAAGUAACUUUGAAAAUUAUAUUGCGAAUGUACGAUGUGAGUAGCGGCAUGUCUGUUAAAUAAGGUCAUUUUAUCGCUAAACUUGAGUUUGCUUGUUUGUUUCACAAGCGAAUUCUAAAUUACAUGUACUGUAAAACUCAUUUACAACGAUGGGAAUACCAAGCCUGAGACAUUGUAUUGAUUACAUCAUGCUCCGGUAGGGUUGUCGCUUAGAGCUGGCCUUUGGCUGAUUACUCCGGCUUAAAAAGAGCUAACCUUUUCUAAAAUAGCUCUGGAAAACAAAGACAUGGAGUAAUUUUGAAGGUUCAGUUGAGUAAAAACGCUGGCUUCACCAAUGAAAAAGCCAGCGUUGCUUUUCCUUAGCUUCAUCCCUGCUGUGGACGAAUCUAACUCGGCACCAGAAAAUUCUUGCUCCAGUUUGAUUGCCAGUCAGAAUUGCCUUGUGGAGCUGGUGUUGUUAUAAAAUUGAAAGAAAUUACAUGUUACAAGAAAAAAUUGAAAUUGCCUAACAUACAUGUAUUGUAAGACCAAACAAGGUAUAUAUAUAACAGCUGUACAUGUGUCACGGACCAAAGAGAGUUAUUUAAAACAUUUAACAGGGCUGUCAUUAAGUGCUUAGUCUGCGAAAACAGCCUUUUCUCCUCACUCCUCGCUGCUGGGGACGUUUUGUGAGGAGGAACGUCCGUGACUCAGCGACAGAAAUUCCAUACUGAUGACGUAAAAUCUGACCAGAAUCAGGUCAUAAGCGCUGAUUGGACAACGGAGUAGUUACAUUGUUUUAGCUAUUGUUUACGAAUGACAGACAAAAGACAAAAGGCUACAAAGGUCAAAUGUAAAUGCGAUGAAUUUAUAACAAAACAAUCAAUAUUUGUGGAACGUAUUCUUCGCAAGAGGAAGGUUUUGAGUUUUGCUGGAACUUGUUUGCAGAUAGAAACAUAAAAUUGAACAAAUUUGCAUUUGGAACCACAUGACUACUGGAUUUAUUAUUUAAACAUUGAUUUUACGUCAUCAGUAUGGAAUGUCUGUCACCGAGUCGCAGACAUUCCUCCCAAGAAACAUCCCCAGCGGCGAGGAGCAAGGAGAAACAGCUGUUUUCACAAGCUAUUAAGUGCCGGGGGCUGGGGAUUUUCCCCAGCUACUCUGAAUGUGGUCCCUGGCUACUUUCAUUGGAAAAUAGAAAAAAAAACAGAACCAAAAGAUAUCCCUAGCUGACCCCAGUAAUGUAGGAGCUGCUCGUAAGGUGUUUCCUCAUUUGUCACAGAGAACAAUAACACAUUAUUGUAUAUCAUUAUUUCCCAUUGUUUCAUGGUUAGGGUAUCGAACCAAUUGUCUUUUAGGGGUAGGAGAGGUACCUAGCUGUUUGAUUCCUCGCCUACUUGUUGUAUUUACCCGGCAACUCAGAAAUCUUAGUGACAACCCUGAUUUAAGCUUGCACAACAUUGGAAGGAGAUAACUGUAUAGGAAAAAAAAGUUUUGCAAGGCUUUUAUGCAUGCAUCACAAGGCUUGAAUGCACCCAUCUUUUUUGGUAGCUUGGGUGCCUUGUACUUAAGUGUGACAUGCAUUUCAUGUUUCUUUUUAGUCAACAGAGGUGCAGCACUCUCACCAUAUCUGAACAUUGAUCCAUCAUAUCUUAAUCAGGUAAAAUAAUAAUAUUAUAGAGAGCUUUAGCAACCACAACCAUGAUGGCAAUGAGAAUGUAAAAAAAUAAAUAAAUGAAAACAAUAUUAUUGGUAUUAUGAGCAAAACAAACUCUGCAUGUGCAUCACACUUUUUUUGUACAUUUUCAGUCAGAGAUUUUAUUAGGGGCCCAGGUGUAGGUAUUUCCCAUGACUAUCAUCACUAUACAGGUAUUGCAAUCUCGAUUUUUGUGUCAGGAUGAUUCUAAGCAGAAACAGCCAGUGGUGUCAUUAUAACUUAAUUUAAAAUCGUACUACUGUAUUUCUUCAUUCUAAUUGUGUUUAGUAUGCAUUUCGUGAUGUGUGCAAACAGUAUGACUGUAAACUGGCCAAUAAAGAUCCAAAUCACAAUGAAGUUGUGAUUUAAGGACUCUCUUGUAGUUUUUUAUUCCACAAAAAAAUUUGUUGACCCAAUGUUAGGCCAGGGUCUGUUAUCAGCAAAAUGUGUACAUAUAUACCAGUUCGUCGUUUCUCAGCUAAUGUGUUACCACCCAGCAUCUGCUUGCAGCAUUAUACUUAGAAUUUUUAACCUCAAGGCAGUCUAUAUAUUGUAGUUAAAGCACAAGAUUUUAACUUUGUUUUACAGGGUGGAGCUGAGUUUGUUUUUCCUACUGAUAGUAAAAAGAAGAGAAGUUGGGGUGAACAGAUGUUUUCAGGGAUUGGAACCUCGUAUAUGUGUGGUAUGUUGUCAGAACAUUGUUGAAUUCAGUUAAACCCUUUCACUCCUAAUGGCUGCCAAAGAAAAUAAUUCACUCUCAAUAAAUCCAAUUCUGUUAUUAAAAUCCUAAGAACUAAAUAGUGCUAUGCAAAAGUUCUACCAAAGAGUAUUCAUUUUUAUGGUAAAAUCAUACGAUUUCAUCUUCAAGUUAUUGACCUAAUAAUAAUUAUCUUCCCUUAACAUACUGAACAUUGCAGAAGUGGAAAGGGUCAACCAGGUGCUGAGUUAGGGAAAAGUUCAUUUAUUAUAAUUUGGACUUGGUUCUUAUGACAAGCAGGAGUCAGUUUAUUAAAACUUUUAGAAAUGUAGAUUAGUACUGUUUUCAAACUCUAGAGCAAUGGCUACAUGUGCAAAAGUUUUAUUAAAUUUACCCCAGGGCUGUCAAAAAGUUCUGUAAUUUCACUGGUUGCUACAUGUACUCACUAGUAAAAAGAAAAAAAAAAUAGAGCAAAAAAGGUGUUACUACUUGCCAUUGCCAUCUACAUGUACUUUUUUACUUUUUCCCUCUACUUCUUAAGUACCCUGAUUAGAUACAUUCAUCAGAUGCCUUUCAUGUUUUGGAGAGUUUGAAACCUUUCAGCCGAGUAGUUUAAAGGCACUCAACUUGAUAUGAUGAUCCUCUUUUUAAAGGUUUGGCAGUUGGGGGGACAUGGGGUUUAUAUGAGGGCCUACGGAAUCCAGAUGGCAAGACCCUCAAACUUAGAGUAAAUAGGUAUGUAUUCAAUCCUUUUCAUGACUGAUCAUACUUGUAUCAAUUUUGUUUUAUAAUUUAAAGACCAGCCUCGGUUGUUCAAACUUUGGAUAGCGCUAUCCACUAGAUAAAUCACUAUGCAGUGGCUAAGUACUUGCGUUAUCCACUGGACAAAGAUUUAUCCUGUGGAUAGUGUUAUCCAUCUUUUGAAUAACUAGGGCCAGGCUGUGCUCUAAGAAAAAUUGAAUGGAGCCCAUUGCUGUGAGCCUGUGAAAUUCAGGGUGCCCAGCAUAUGAUUUCUAUGAAAAAAAAAAAUAGUAAUAAAACUAGAUUUUUAUAGUUGCCCGGGCAUAAAAGUUAGGUGCCAGGGGUCACUGGGUGCUGUUAAAACACAGCCUUGAACAAAUUUGACAAGUCAGAGUAAAUUUUCAGAGCUUGUUUGGUAGAAUAAGUAACAACUUGAUUUGUUUAUUGCAAAUUUUACAGUGUACUUAAUGGAUGCACACGGAGGGGUCCAUCUUUUGGAAAUGGCCUAGGGAUUCUUGGUAAGUGCAGGAAUAUUGUAACAGCUUAUAUAAUGAGGGAAAUUUAUUUGAUACAUUUACAUAUCAACUGCCUGUAGUUGCCCCUGUAUAUCUCUUGUUCUGCUUGUGACAGACUGCUUGACAUGGUAGACCACUUUUCUGAGAAACUUCUGCAGGGAAUGAGAUCUUUCAAAUAAUGCCCAAAUUAGCAUGAGUUAGUCAAGCAAGCCACAGGAAAGUGCAAAAAUAUAAUUAUAACAAUUAUUCACUGAAGUGGAGGUGGUUUAGCUCGAUGAACAUCCACCACUAGCCACCUCCACUUCGGUGAAUACCGUAUUUAUUCGAUUAACCGCCCUGGGCGCUUAUUAAAUUUUUGGACCUUGAGAGUGGGCGCUUAUUUGAGGUGGGCACUUAUUCGAGGCUGGGCGGUUAUUAAAUUUUCACCAUUUUCAGCAGUUUAGUGUAGUAUUUUUAUUUUGCAAAAAAAAAAAAACAGUAAAUGCCAGUAACAAAACGUGAAGAAGUAACAAAGCAAGGUUUUCUCGGUACUCGGAAGAACACUCCGUCUUCGAGGAAGUCUCUUAUUAGUACUUAUUCAAUUUCAAUCUCAUUAUCGCUCAAGUAGGUGGGGUGGGGGUGGGCGCUAAUUGAGUUUGAUUGGGAGGGGGAGGGGGUGGGGUGGGCGCUUAUUCGAGGCUGGGCGCUUAUUAACUUUUUCUGCCUUUAGGAUGGGCGCUUAUUCGAGGUGGGCGCUAAUUCAAGGUUGGGCGCUUAUUCGAAUAAAUGCGGUAAUUGUUUUAGUACGUACUAAAACAGUGAGAUAAUUGAGCACAAAAAUGAUGAUUUUUAACUCAAAUACUGGUGCCAACGAUUACAAUUUUGGCGCGUAAUGACUGAAUGGCCGCGGCUGUUGCUUUUUCUUGCCGACAAAUAAUACUUUUGAAGGCAUUUGUUUAGCUCUUGCCGGGAAAUUUCUUCAAAAGGAGUUGUGAAUUCUUUUUGUAUUUAAAAUCAUUCUGUAAAAAAAGAUUAUUAAAUUUAGUCUUAAGCUUAUUUAUGAACAAGUCAACUAACUAAUUUAUAGUAACGCAAGACUUAAGCUUAAUUUGCAUUUGUAAACAAAAAACUUUUUCACCGGUUUUAUUGAUAAAUUUGAGUCAAAAAGACAAAGCUUUACCUGUUAAAACUUCCAAACCGAACUUCGUCACCUUCUUCGUGUAUUUCGGGAACAGCUUGCUUGAUUAGUUGUUAAAUUUCUUUGUUUAUUACGGCAGCAAAGUGGGAAGGCAUUUUGCUCGCAACUUGCGUGAGUUUGGCAUCGUUUGCUCGGAGGAACUGGAGGUGAUUCAGUGAAUAUUGCAGGAUAUUCACUGAUUGAGUAGCCAAUCAGAGCGUGUGAAAAACACUAUCCACUUUUUUAGUAUAUACUAAACUGUUAUAUAUAACAUUCAUCAGAAAAUUCCAAUGGAGAUCUUGUUUCACCUAUCCACUGGUACUUCCUGCAAAAUGAAUUCAUGAUCCUUGGGGGUUUUGUAGAAAUGUCAGUGUAUUCCCAAUAAAAAUUAAUGUAGCCUUGUACAUGCUCAGUAAAAAGUUACAUGAACUUCAAAAGUUGUAAUUAUUUUGGAUCAGGAAAAACAGCCAGCCUGGUUAUACUGAGUGAAAAACCACCUGACUAGCUAAAAAAGUAUUUUUUGGCAUCAGUUUCCAGGGGCAAUUAAAUGGGUCCUUAAAGUAUGUUAUUAUCACAAAGCAUGUGUAGGAAAAAACUGGCUAACGUUUACGUAGGGAAAGAAUUUAAUAUAAAUAUAUUAAUGAAAAGUUAUAAUUGAAUAGUAACUAAAAAGAAUUGAAUUUUUUUUUCUUUGUUAUGAACAGCACUCAUGUACUGCAGUCUAGACACAUUGAUUGGAAAGUUACGUGGAGGAGAGGAAGAUGAAUUCAACUCUAUUGGUGCUGCAACCUUGACGGGCAUGCUCUUUAAAUCGACAGCAGGCGUGAGACCCAUUGCUAUAGCUGGAGCUUUGGGUGGUGGUCUUGCCACUGCAUAUCAUUUUGGGGAAAAGCUUUGGAACAGCAGAGGACAUUCUCUUUCCACGCCCAACUGGGCUUAGAUUCUGUUUAAAUUUUUUGCUGCGAACAGUGCUUACAGUCUGUAACAUCCAUCACACUGAAUAAUGAGUUGGCUUUGGUUUGAAGUUAUAGCCCCAUAUUUAAUUUGCAAGAGGAAAGAAAAGUUGACCAUUGUGUUGGUGAACGUGUAGAGUUCCAUGGUUACAAGGCAAAAGUCAUACUUUGAAGGACAAAAGGACUCAAAGGACAAAAUCAUUGCGCAUGGAAUAAGCUUGAGAACUGAAAAGGACUGCUCUGCAGCAUACAAUAACGUGGCAUUACAUCCAUGGGUGAAUCAUGUUGCAGUUUACAUGUUGAUGUACCUGUACUAACACAAUGUUCACUUGGAUUUAAUGAACCAUCAAAGGAGAUGAGAGUCAUUCCUUUGUUUUACUCUGUGUAAAAAAAGUGAAUUAGGUUGGUAAAAUACAAGAAAGAUUAUUAAAGUGCAAAGUUCAUGGAAUGAUAUUCCCUAAUGGGGGAGUUUUGCAGCUAACUGGUUUUAGAUGCAUUGAUAAAACAAAACUACAGGAUAUGCAAGACCAAAGACAUGGUUGUUCUUUAUCAAGGUUUCCUUUAUUGUACUUGAGUGCCAGUUAGCAAAAAAAAAAACUUCUUACAGGGUUCAUAUGUACCUUUAAAGUCAUCUAAUUUCAUAUAAUAUUAUAAUAAUAUUAUUAUGAUAACAUCAAAGACUUAAAAAAGAGUCCUUAACAAUUGCAGCUGGUACUGGAAAGUUUUAAAAAUAGAAAAUUUCCAUGAUGACAUUAUUUGACUACAACUACCACAAUCUUCUACUUUGCUGUGUGUACAUGCAAAUCAGGGCUGUUGUUUUACAAAUGUUGGGGAGAAUAAAUUGAAAAAAGAACAAAAAAGUAAUGGAUUUUGGUAGUUGUGGUUAUCUGACUUCAUCGUGAAAAUGGCCUAUUAAUUUUUUGUUGCUUACUUAAUCUGACACAGAAAAUGCGGGUGAAAAAAUAAUAAUAAUAAAAAAGGUUAUAACACUCAUUGAAAGCCCUAGCCUGUUCUCAAACCCUACGUUUAACAACAGUUAAUUUAUAUUAAAUAAAACCAAAGUGCAGUUAAUGUUCCUGUGAUACUGUUUUCCAACAUUUUUUUAAUUACUGGUAAUUCUAAUCAUCAUGCAUACUGCAUUAUUCUAAACUUUGAAAUCAAAUAAACUGUGUUUGCCAAUAAUGCCAAAUCACAAACAGUCGGAGAAAGCUGUCAACUUCAUUUUGUCCGAUUCAUAAAAAACAAAAAACAACAAAACAAAACAAAUUGCAUCAUGAAAAAGCACUAGUUUGAUGGGGUUUCAUAUCAAGGAUUACACUGUGAGGUCUCGUUCAAAAUCAAAAAGUCUCAUCCUAACCUUGGCCAUCUUUAACAAGUGGGGUUUUACAGUAAUAAUUAGAGACCUUGAAGGUACACCAUAACUUUAUUGCCUUAGGUGUAGUUAGAGGUCCCUUCGCAUACUUUUAAUUUAUAUCAAAGAUCAUACUUUUACCACUUUCUUAGCUGGACACCAAGCUGGUUUCCCAUGGUAACAGGUUGUUUACCUGUUUUUACUGCCCGGGACUUAUGGUCUCU